UGUCUGUCUGUCUACUCUAGGUGGUUGACACGACUGCCCUCCCACAAUGUCUUCUGAAGCCACGCCCAUCCAGGGGUCAGUAUCCCCAUGCUCUACGACCCCUCCCCUGACCUCUAGGGCCCCUGGCUCCCCAGUCUCUCCGUUGUCCCCUGGGUCCCUGUGCCCGCCAGCCUCCCGGCACCGAGACCGUUCCCCCUCCCCCAUGAGAGGUUACCUCAUACCCAGCCCCCUGCCAACCAGACGUACUAGGACCUGCUCCGCGGCGGAGCGUGCAGCGGAGGGUCCGUUGUUCAGCGGCGUAUGUAAGUGUUUCUCUCGGACUAAAGGACACGGCUUCAUCACACCAGCCGACGGAGGCAGCGACAUCUUUGUCCACAUCUCAGAUAUCGAAGGGGAAUACGUGCCAAUGGAAGGAGAUGAGGUGAGCUACAAGGUGUGCUCCAUCCCUCCCAAGUACGAGAAGAUCCAGGCGGUGGAUGUCACCAUCACCCACCUCAACCCAGGAUCGAAGCACGAGACCUGGGUGGGGCGCUGCUCAGCUCCUCCUGAGUCCCGGAGGUUUCUGGAGGGGAGAAAUGUCAACAGGGAAAGGGUCCCCUCUUCUAGUUUUUCUGAAGGGACAUAUGGGGUUAAUGCUUGUUGUGGGAGGAAAUGGAAAGGUUGGUAUUUGAAUGGGGAAGACAUGUAUCAUUAGACGGGAAGGUUAAUCAAAUAAAGCUGCAUCACUUUAACAAGA